AUGGCUUCGCGACCAACCGUCUCCAUCAUCGGCAAAGAUGGUGCUCCCACGGGAGCCACCCACCCCGUGCCCGCCGUCUUCACCAGCCCUAUCCGACCGGACAUCGUGCAGCGAGUUCACACCGGCAUGGCCAAGAACAAGCGCCAGCCGUAUGCCGUGAGCGAGAAGGCUGGCCAUCAGACCUCUGCCGAGUCGUGGGGAACUGGACGUGCUGUUGCUCGUAUCCCCCGUGUUUCUGGCGGUGGUACUCACCGCGCCGGCCAGGCUGCCUUUGGUAACAUGUGCAGAUCCGGUCGUAUGUUCGCGCCUACCAAGAUCUGGCGCAAGUGGCACGUCAAGAUCAACCAGGGCCAAAAGCGUUACGCGACCUGCUCCGCCUUGGCCGCCUCGGCCGCCGCCCCUCUCCUGAUGGCCCGUGGACACGAAAUCAUGACGGUGGCCGAGGUGCCCCUCGUCGUCGACAGCGCCCUCUUCGACGCCGCGGCCAUCUCCCGCACCGCCUCCGCCCUGGCCCUCCUCAAGGCCGUCGGCGCGGGGCCCGACGUGGAAAAGGCCAAGGACUCCAAGAAGCUGCGCGCCGGCAAGGGCAAGCUCCGCGGCCGCCGCCACCGCCAGCGCCGCGGACCCCUGAUCGUCUACAACCCCGAGGUCGACGGCAAGGAGCUCGUCAAGGCGUUCCGCAACAUCCCCGGCGUCGAGACGUCGCCCGUCUCCGCCCUCAACCUCCUCCAGCUCGCCCCCGGCGGCCACCUGGGCCGCUUCAUCGUCUGGACCUCGUCCGCCUUCAAGGCGCUCGACGACAUCUACGGCUCCACCACCGAGGCGUCGGCCCACAAGCGCGACUUCCACCUGCCCUCAAACGUCGUCUCCCAGGCCGAUCUCACGCGCCUCAUCAACUCUUCUGAAAUCCAGAGCUCGCUCAACGCCCCCAAGGGCGAGGCCCUCACCCGCCGCUCCGCCGUGCAGAAGAAGAACCCCCUCCGCAACAAGCAGGUCAUGCUGCGCCUGAACCCUUACGCCUCCGUGUUUGCAAAGGACUCUCAGAAGAAGCUCUAG